CUCAGCCAGAAGAGGCGUGUACAAACUGUGCACUCGUCUGUGCACACUCAGCUCCAAGAAUACAAAGGGGACACGCUGACCUUCAUGUAUCCUUUCAUAGAAGCCAGCUGAUUGGGGAUUUCUUCUAGGUUCACCUCUCCCCGUGUGUUCUGAGAUUUCUCUCAGAAACUUCAGCCAUUUGAACAUUUCAAUAAUUCAUCAUGCCACCAAUUCUUCCACAAGAAGGCAACAAGUGUAAAUGAAAGCAGCAGCAUAAUUCCUUCAAGACUUCCAAUACUUCUAAAUAAAGGAGCUGGGAUUUAGAAAAGAAAUUCUGUUUGGGGAAAACAUAAAUCUUGUGGGAUGUUUUUCUAGCUUGAGAGUACGAGAAGCAAAUAUUCCCUGAAGAAACUGUGACAAUCAUAAAAAACAUAUUAAGAACAUAUUAAAUAAUACAUCACAGAGACAGAUGAUAAACCGUAGUAGCGCCUUACUUGGACUUGAAUUAUUUAGUUGUAAUAUUCCAUUUCAUAUGCAGUCACAGAAAACCUAAUAAUGGAGGGUUUCUAGAUUGUGUGUUUCUCAAAUAUUUGUUUUGCUCCAGACUCUCAUGCUAUAGCCAAAGUAACCAAUACUAACUUUGGUUAGUUUGGGUUAUAAGCAGUGCAGUUUUACAGAGAAGCAAACAUUUUCGCUGUUUGAGAAUAUGUCCUUCAGUGCCACCAUCCUCUUCACUCCUCCGGCAGGGCAAAACGAUGCCAAAUGUGGAUGCAAAACUGAAAGCACUCAAGGCGGCUCAGUGAUUGUUGAUGGACCAACUCCAGUUACGGUUACUGGACAAGGAGUUUCGGUACAAGGAUGUGAUCAGCUUCUGCAUCUUAUCUAUCAGCGUGUGGAGAAAGCAGUUGGACUUGCCGAAGCUGCUCUUAAUGUGGCCAAAGCAAACAGUAGUCUACUGAGCCAACUACAGGAUGAAGUGAGCAGUUUAAGGAAUAUGCAUGAAAAGCCGGAGAGGCCAAAGUCACCUGAUAACACUCCAAGAUGUAAGUUAUCAGAAGAUGAAGAAGAAGAAGAAGUUGAAGAGAUCAGAGGAGUGCAGGUUGUCAUAGAGGAGCUCAGACAGCUGGGUGCAGCAUCUGCAUCAUUAGUUCCUGGACUUCAUUUACCAACCCUGGAAAGGACAAAGGAAAGCUGCUUGCCUACGUGCCCUCCAAAUGAGACACAAUCACUUCUAAGUCCCAUUCAUAUGCCGGCUAUUGAUGAUUUUUUAACUCCAGAAUCAACAGCUCAAAGGAUUUUGCCACCCAACUUUGUGAAGCCAGUGACUGAUUCACAUCCUCAUAGGGACACAGUGGAAGUUCUAAAUGAAGCAAUACCUCCAAUUCUGAAGUCAGCACAUUCCCAUCUUCUAAUACAGAAGGAUGGCUCCCUUAGUCCUGGUGGCUUGAUUAUGGCAGACACUUCGCCAGAUGAGAUGAGGCCUCCCAUGUCACCACCAUUUGUGGCGUAUUAUACUGGAACAAGCUCGCACCAACGAAGCCAUGGCCAGAAAUGUUCUAGAAGAAAACGAGACCUAGUUUUGUCUAAACUGGUGCAUAACAUUCACAAUCACAUUUCUAAUAACAGGCGCUUCAAUGGCUCAGAAAGCAUCAAGUCAUCAUGGAAUAUUUCGGUUUUAAAAUUCUUGGUGGAAAAACUGAAACAAGAGCUGGUGUCCAGUGUCAAUCAUUACACCGACAAAGAACUAAAAGGUGCCUGUGUUGCCUACUUUUUGACAAAAAGGAGAGAAUAUCGAAACUCCAUGAAUCCGUUUAAGAGUCUGCGAGAGAAAGAAGAAAAGAAGCUGAGGAGCCGACGAUACAGGCUUUUUGCAAACCGAUCAUGGGGUGUGCAACAAUUUUCUCCUGAAGACCAAGCCUUGUGGGAGGGUGUUACGGAAGAGUUAAUGUCUGAUGAAGAGGACAGUCUGUCUGAGCCGGGGGUAUGGGUAGCCCGACCACCUCGUUUCCGAUCACCAGAGCUCUCAAGACUCUGUUACAGCAUUGACUCGCAUUCUAAACAUGGCAAUAAAAGCAAUCGUGUCUACGGUUCUCUCUCUGACCGACUGCCUUCUGCUGAGAUUCAGCUUUUGCCCCCUCACCUUUAUAAUCCUGACUGGGAAAGGGAGGUGACUGAAGAGGAACUAACGGGAGGUGCACAGGGAAGAAAACCCUUUUGUCCUGAUCUCAAUUCAUUUAUACAGAUAAAAGUAGAAAAAGAUGAAUAAGACUUUAUGAACCAUAAAUGCACAAACUUUUCUUUUUAGCAGAGGUUACACAAUACAACACUGUGAAAGAAGGCAUUAACGGCGAAGGUGAGCUAUGUGAAAGGGCUAAUGUCUAUGGCAAAUAUUUAAAAAAACUGCAUUUGUGUUCAUGAAAUGGGUCCAGCAGCGCUUCGAUUUGAUGAAAGCAAAAUAAAAUGUUAUUUUUUA